AUGGUCAGCGGCCCUGCAUCGCGGAGCGCAGCUCCCGGCUCAAUUAUGACUUGGACGGCUUCUACGCCUCGAGAGUUGGGCGGGCGCGCUGCCUUGGAAUCAAGGAUCAUACUGCGUUCAGCUCCUUGCGACCAAGCAAGGCAGAGCCGCCCGCUGGCGGUAUUUUACUUACUUUACAGAUCUCUGCAGAACUUGUUGGACUGCUUGCAACUGGAGGAGCGGUUGGCAGCUGCGCGGGUAGCGCGCGCCCGAGUUGGUGGCCUGCGCGCUGCCGAGAGUCGCGAGAAACGUUGCUCGCUGCUCCGCUCGGGCAACCUGCGUGGCUGGGCGCGCAGCGUGCGGCCGCCAAGCCAGUUCUCUACAGGCUAUGUGCCAGACCAGGUCGAGGGAAACUCGCUGGGCGUGCUGGCCUGGUCCUUGGUUUACCUUUUGUUGAUUGGUUCUUCUUCACGAGACCUGCGAUGA